UCGCGGCCCUUUUGUCCUUUGGAUAAAUUCCUCCCUGUCGCUUUAAGGCGUGUCUGGCCCGGACUCGGUGGAAAGCCCGAAGCAGCGCUCUGAUUGGGUGGGGCGUGUUCGUGACGUUACUUCGGGUACAAAUGGGCCCCGGUGGCGGGUGCCGGGGCAGAGCGUCCUAGGUGCGUUACGGCAUUUUUUGUCUUGUGGGGAGGGACGUGAGCAAGUGCGUUCUCCAGAGUGCACCUGCUAAGCAGAGGAGUCUCUGCCACCGUCGAGCCGCUAUGGAGGUUCAGAAGGAGGCGCAACGCAUCAUGACCCUGUCGGUGUGGAAAAUGUAUCAUUCACGCAUGCAGCGCGGAGGGCUGCGGCUGCACCGGAGUCUGCAGUUGUCGUUGAUCAUGCGUAGCGCCCGAGAAGUCUACUUCUCCGCCAAGGUGGAAGCCCACGAGGAGCCCGAGGUGCCCUCGCAGCCCACAUGCUCUCUUGACCCUCGCCUACACCCACCACGGGAAGCUCAAACCAGAAUGGAGGCAGCGUUCGCCGACGGUGAGCAGCUCUGCCCGGAGCCCAUGGACACGCAGGAGGCGCCAAGAGCCGAGGAGUCUCCUGUCCGCUGUGCCCCGCGCCCCGCCAAAAUCAACCGCAAGCGCCGAAGCAGCAGCCUGACCAACAGCGGGGACGCCGGACUGGUACCGAGCAAGAAAGCCCGACUGGAAGAGGAGGAUGCGGGGGAAGGAGAGUCUUCGGAGGUCCCCAGUCGUCUGCAGCCCGCUCCUGCACAAGCGGAGGGCGCCUUCCCCAACCUAGCGCGCGUCCUACAGAGGCGCUUCUCCGGCCUCCUGAACUGCAACCCCGCCGUCCCCGCGACGGUGCCACCUCCCCCCGCUUGUGAGGCAAAGCCGGUGUGCCGCCCGGCGGACAGCAUGCUGAAUGUGCUCGUGCGGGCCGUGGUGGCUUUCUGAGGGACCCCGAGCAGCUCUGCGGGAGCCUAGAGUACGGGCCAAACCGUUGGCCUGAGUGCAUAGACUCGAGGCUAGGCCAGACCUGCGGGAGCGCCCGCGGAAACGGAGAGGAGCCGCAGCCGGGCCUGCUGAGAGGACUGGAGAAGGGACUAUUCCCCCAGGGAGCCGUCGUCACCCAAGUGCAGCUGCGGCGCCGGGGAGCCUGAGCCGAGGUCAGGGGCGCCUUCCUCCGAGACCUGCCGCGCCCACAGGUGCUCUUAACCAACGGGGACGUGGCCUUUCCGUCUCCUUCUGGGACUGGGAGAAGGAGGCUUGGUUCCUGAAGUUCCUCAGGGUCGGACUUUAUUUCUUGCUGAGGGCUAUACCGCCCUUACAAGGUUUUUUCAGUAGUUGGUGUUGCCAUUCCCAACUCGGAGCAUUCCAUCCACUGUUCUCCCCCCCCCCCCAGUGACAUACUUAUGCAAGCGGUCAUCGUUGCGUCAUGGGGCAGAUGUGGGGAGCUUCCUGUUGCCUUGCGUGGGUGUGGGGCCUGGGAGGAGGGCUGCCUGAGUCACUUAGCCUCGGCGUGCUUCACCCUGCUUCCCUUCGCCUUCGGGCGAGGGGGAAGCUGAUCUAACUCAACGUUAAAGUUUUUCUCAUUUAGUGCGUUCGAGGUGGGGGGGUGUUCACAGUCCCUCGGACAUGGACACAAUCAACCCAGAAGAUUUUGGUCUGAAUCACAAAAAUGGGGGGAGAACUAUUCAGAGUGCUGUAAGGAUGAGUUAGGACCAGUUGCUGGUGAGACGGGGCCAGUUUGGGGUGGGGGAGAUUUUAACCAGGGCGUUCUGAAAGUCUGUACUCUGGUUGGUUCUGUUUAAUUCCGUUUAUAUGGCCUUUUGCUAGAGACGCCGGAUACGAAAAUAAAGACCGUUUAAAUAAAAAAGACGGCCAUCUAGCU